AUAUUCCCACUACAAAAGUAUAUGAGUUAUUGGGUUUUGUAAACCUUUCCAGCAGUAUUCUUAAUAAUCUCAAAAAAUGGCGGUCAGCUCCAGAAAUUUGAGCAGUUAUAGAUGCCCUCUAAUGGCAUUAAGGCACAACCGACAAUCCAAUCGCCAUAGCCGUGCAAGUGGAGCAUACACUGCCAAGAAACAAACAUGCCAACUGGUGAAUUAUUUCUCAACCUUGAAGCCCAGGGUUUCUCGGGAUCCGCCGGAGCUCUGGCUAGCAAACAAGAAAAUCACUGAGCUAAUCCGAAGCGGCCGACUUGAAGAUGCAAGAUCUUUGUUUGAUAAGUUGAGGCACAGAAACAUUGUAACGUGGAAUUCGAUGCUCACGGGAUACAUCCAGCGUCGGGAAAUGGCGAAAGCUCAGGACUUGUUCGAUGAAAUGCCUGAGCGAGAUGUUGUCUCGUGGAAUUUGAUGAUUUCUGGUUACAUGUCUUGUCGGGGGAGUGCAUACAUAGAAUUUGGAAGAUAUUUGUUUGAUCGAAUGCCAAUGAGAGAUAUCAUUUCUUGGAACACAAUGAUCAGUGGGUAUGCCAAGAUUGGGAAAAUAGAUGAAGCGUUGAAGCUUUUUGAUUGUAUACCUGAGAAGAAUGUAGUAUCUUGGAAUGCAGUCAUUUCCGGGCUUUUGCAGAAUGGUGAGGUGAAGGCUGCUAUAGAAUUUUUCAACAGAAUGCCAGAGCGAGAUGCAGCUUCUCUUAGUGCGCUUGUGUCAGGGUUGAUCCAGAAUGACAAAUUGGAUAUUGCUGCAAAUGUACUGUUUGAUUUUCAGAGAAGUGGUAAUAAAAGCAGUGAUCUUGUUUAUGCUUUUAACACCUUGAUUGUUGGGUAUGGUCAGAAAGGCAGGACUGAUGAUGCUCGUCAUCUUUUCGAUCAAAUUCCAUUUUAUACCGAUAAGGGUAUAGGACAGUGUAGGAGAUUUGAAAGGAAUGUAGUAUCAUGGAAUUCAAUGAUAAUGUGUUAUGUAAAGGCUGGGAAUAUGGUUUCUGCUAGGGAGCUUUUUGAUCUAAUGGUUGAAAAGGAUACUUUUUCCUGGAACACAAUGAUAAGUGGUUAUGUCCGUAUCUCAAAUAUGGAAGAAGCUUCAAAUCUCUUUUCUAUGAUGCCAAAGCCAGAUGCAUUUUCGUGGAAUACGAUAAUCUCAGGGUAUGCACAGGGAGGCAAGUUGGAACUUGCUUGUGACUUUUUCAAAAGAAUGCCCCAGAAGAAUCGUGUCUCCUGGAAUUCUAUGAUAGCAGCAUAUGAGAGAAAUGCAGACUACAAAGGAGCAAUAAGACUUUUUAUUCAGAUGCAAUUGGCAGGAGAAAAACCUGAUCGACACACAUUAUCUUCGCUUCUAGGCAUUUGUGCAGAAACUGUAGCUCUGUGUCUUGGCAUGCAGAUUCAUCAGUUGGUAACAAAAACUGUCAUUCCUGAUGUACCGCUAAACAACUCCCUCAUUACUAUGUAUGCCAGAUGUGGGGCUAUAAUGGAAGCAAGAUCCAUUUUUGACAGGAUGAAAUUUUGCAAAGAUGUAAUCUCUUGGAAUGCUAUGAUUGGAGGGUAUGCAUCCCAUGGUUUGGCUACCGAAGCAUUUGAACUUUUUGACAGAAUGAAGGAACUUAAAAUGAAACCGACCUAUAUCACAUUUAUUGCAGUUCUUUCUGCAUGUGCUCAUGCAGGUUUGGUGGAGGAAGGCCGUUUCCACUUCAAAUCCAUGGUUGAUGAAUUUGGUAUCGAACCAAGACUGGAGCAUUUUGCCUCUCUUGUGGAUAUUGUAGGUCGUCAUGGACGAAUUGAAGAGGCCAUGGACAUAGUAAAAAGUAUGCCCGUGAAACCAGAUAAGGUUGUCUGGGGGGCAUUAUUGGGCGCUUGCAGAGUGCAUAAUAAUCUGGAGUUUGCACAAACAGCAGCUGAAGCAUUAAUGCAGCUUGAACCGGAAAGCUCUGGCCCUUAUAUAUUACUAUACAAUAUGUAUAUCGAAGCUGGAAGAUUGGAUGAUGCCAAUGAGAUCAGGAUGAGGAGGGAGAGAAGUAGUGUAAAGAAAGAACCAGCCUACAGCAUGGUUAAUUCUAUCUAUCCAUAAUAAACUUUAUCUAAUUGAAAAAUCUUGUUUCUUAAUUGUGGCAUGAGAUGUCUGAAAAUUUGGCUACACCAUCAUGUUAGAAGAUGGCGAUUGCUCAACACAAGGAGUUGUGGCUUGGGAAUUUGUUUUUCAUUAAGAGGGAGUGAAUCUGAUUUUGUCAGCAAUUGAGGGUUUUUCUUUUUCGGUUUCAUGGCCCCCGACAUCUGAUAGUCACAUUAUGGUCUGACUACUCUGGAGCUGAGCUAUUGUUAGAUCCCAUUUGGAUGGAGUUCUCGGUUCUCCCACCUAUUGCUCUUUUCACAAGGCUCUAUCCCAGACCUUGCUUAAAUAGAACUAAAUUCCUUUAACCUGGCACAGUGGUGAUUCAUAGCCUAUGGUGUCUCAGUAAAUAUGACAAUCAUGGAUAAUGCUCUCAAUGAUCCACUUCAAGCUUUUGGCACAGAGAUAAUGCUGGAGCAUCUCACAGUUUCUCCCUAAGCUCUAAAUUUUCAGAAUAUUGAUGGGGGAGAAUGGCCGAUCUUUCUUUUCUAGAUGUUAUACUGUGAUAUAGUUGGAGGAUAUUCAACGGUUGAACAUGACAAUGGAAAGGAACAGAUGAUCCCUUAUGUUGAACAUAUCCUCAACAUGGAUGUGGUAGGGCUAAAAGUCUCUUUUGAUUCCCUUACCAUUUAAAAAAUCUGGAAAUUGUAUAUUUCUUUCUCUUUUAUGCUUUAUGUUACUAAGAACCAAUUUUAGCUUUACAUAUGAAAAAAUCGGACGGAUCAUAUUAGAUUUAAUAAAGAAAAGCAAAAUG